CUCUGGCGGCCGAGAGCGCGUCUCCGUCCGCCUUGCAAGUUAUAAACUCGAGGAAAACUGCACCUGCGAUGGUUGGAAAGUGACUCCGAGCAACAACUUUCUUUCUAUUCUUCCCUUCUUCCCCUAAAGUCAUGCGCGUGCUGCUCUGUCUGCUCUCCGCGCUGGUUGCACCCGGGGACGCGCAGGCGGCCGGAGACCGCUUCACUCCGACCGGACAGUCGCUGCAUAUCAAUGACGGGGACUUCGCCACCCGGGAUCACGCCAGGCGAGAGCCCCUUCAGCCCCGGCAACGAGCGCUCCACGCCUCGCCAGAUUCUGCUUUUGACCUAAAGGUCCAGGUCAACAACGCGCUGAGUCAUCGGUCCCUGAGCCAGGCGACGGUGGAGGUCUACGUCAACUACACCAGGACCAACGCGGCUCUUACUGGGGAGGACGGCGGUGUUUUGCUCCGUGUGCCUUUCCGAACUGGGAUGCCGAUCACGAUCGUGGCCGGCAAGGACGGCUACGUUUGCACACUGCUGCCUUGUAAAACCAACAGAAUGCCAAUCUUUUCGUCUGUGACCAUGUCACUACUCGGUCUGAAUCAGGGGAACAUCUGGCUCUUCGAUGAUUCGGUCCUGAUCACUGGCAAAACAUUUGAUGCUGCAUCGCGGCCUAUUGUCCAGUUUCCCAAGAGCCUUCUGAAUCUGACAGAUUGGAGAAAUGCCACCUCUGUUAAAGCCUUCCUGACCGUCCCCAAGCUGCCAUCAAAGGAGGACAGCUCCCUUCACACGAUGGGCAUCAUGAGCAGUGAAUCAGGCUAUGUCAGCGUGGAGUUGAGUCCCGUGGCGGCCGUCAGUGUGCAGCUUUUCUCCGGAGACACGGAGCUCCAUGUGCGCGGGCCCAUCCAGAUCCGCCUCAGCAUUCCAGACGGCUGUGGACUUCAGACUUCCAAUGUUGUUCCGGCAUGGUUCCUUAACCGCACCACAGGCGGAUGGAUGAGGAAGGGGCUCGGGACGGUGGCGUCAGUAGAAGGAAAACUGGUGUGGACGUUCACAGCUCCUCACCUCGGUUACUGGAUUGCAGCACCUUUGUCAUCCACCAGAGGUUUCUUUGGAAUUGCCAUCCCCAUCGACUUCAUCUCACGCCACUCAUCUCUGCUGAUGCUUGUCUUUGGAGGAAUGCUUGUUAUUGUCUCGUGUCUCCUGGCUGGGUUAUUGUUUAAUCGCAGACGUUCGCUCGGUGAAACUAAAACAAAGAUCCUACCAGCGAUGAAAAAAGACCAAACCACCUCAACAGGUGACGGGGAAGUCUUCGCUGCGUCUUCAGUGGCCUCCUCUCAUCUCCGGACCGGACUGAACCGGUCAUUCGCAGAGCGGGGGGACGAUCGGCAUAACGCGACUAUUGCUUCUUUCCACAACGGCGAUGUGACGGCCGACCCCGAUGCUGUGGCCAUCGGGGUGCACGGCAACGACCCGGAGCCAAACGCUGACCCGAGUCAUCCGAUGUGUCCGGAGAAUUUGUUUUUCUACGACCAGCAUGUUGCCGUUUUUCACGCCCCAGCGUUCUUCCACUCGGAGGGGCAGCCGGAGCAGCAUCGGGCCCCGAGUCGAGAUGGUCCAGAAAGCGAGGACCAGCUCGGGGUUCUCGAGGGCUCUCGGGCGGCAACUUUAACCGACGCACCCAGGGGUCACUUCGGCCUCACAGAGUCGGCCUCGGUCCCGGGGACAUUGAAUAAAAUCAGUGGCGGCGGACGACACUCCCUGCGUGCCCUCGCAGACCGUUCGAAAAUCCCCUCGGCUCAGCCUCCUCGGGCCUGGUUCGUGUCCCUGGAGGGCAAACCGGCAGCUGAGAUCCACUAGGCCGUGUCAGAGCAGCAGAGGCACCGCAGGCCCGUCGAGAGUUGAGAAACCAGCUUGGACUCGGGAGUGGAUAUGAGCGAACUGAACCAGGCGCCGGGAAGGAGGGCCGUGACGCUGGAGCGCAAAGCCACUUUUGUCAAAAGCGUUAAGCAUGCACCUCCACAGUAAAAGCCCUUUACACCUCCACAAUAAAAGCCCUUUACACCUCCACAGUAAAAGCCCAUAACACCUCCACAGUAAAAGCCCUUUACACCUCCACAGUAAAAGCCCAUAACACCUCCACAGUAAAAGCCCAUAACACCUCCACAAUAAAAGCCCUUUACACCUCCACAAUAAAAGCCCUUUACACCUCCACAGUAAAAGACCAUAACACCUCCACAAUAAAAGCCCUUUACACCUCCACAAUAAAAGCCCAUAACACCUCCACAGUAAAAGCCCAUAACACCUCCACAAUAAAAGCCCUUUACACCUCCACAAUAAAAGCCCUUUACACCUCCACAAUAAAAGCCCAUAACACCUCCACAGUAAAAGCCCAUAACACCUCCACAAUAAAAGCCCUUUACACCUCCACAGUAAAAGCCCAUAACACCUCUACAAUAAAAGCCCUUUACACCUUCACAGUAAAAGCCCAUAACACCUCCACAGUAAAAGCCCUUUACACCUCCACAAUAAAAGCCCUUUACACCUCCAUGCCUACAGCCCUCUGAGUACCCGUAACACGAGAUGUAUUUACCUUCCUUUUGCUUCAUCCUUUACAUCCACGUGAAGGCGUCAAUCCAAGUUGAGGACCAUUUCUAGCAUCUGGUUCCACACGGUUCCUCACAUCCUGUCCUUCCUCAGGCGGUUUUCACGAGAAACGUUGAACAUUUUGCAAAUUGUCUGCAUAGUUAGGUUGCAUAGUUGCAGUCGGCCGAUAUGUCGGCCUCCAACGUGUCAAAGACGGCAACGCGAUUGAGAUUAUUGAGGUCAAACACUUUCAUAACGACCACAUUUUUAUUCCAGCCCAGAUUAACGGACAGACUACCAGCUAACUGAACAUGACUGAAUGUUUGUUAUUCUUACGACAUGCCACCUGAUUUGUCUUUGUACAUAUUUGUUUGUGCAUGUUCUCAUGUAUAUAUUGUCAUGAAGUGAAUCAUUUUAUAAUAUUGUAAUAAUAAUACAAAUAAUAAAUGACCAAUGAUCUUG